AUGCGAGAGAUCAAGUGUUCAAUUUCUUCACCUUUUCAAAUAAAUAAACAUAAGAAAAGAUGGAUAUUAUCACCUGGUACUGCAAAUGACCAUGAAGCAAUCAAUAUUAUCAAUCAUUUAAUAACUAAUCACAAUAACACAUCAAUCAAUCAAUUUACAAAUUGGUCAAAAGUAAAAUCAAAAAUUAUUAAAACUCUAAAAAACUAUCAAUAUAACAAAGACAAACAAACUCAACGUGCAAAACAAAUACUAUUAGAAAAAGCAGCAAAAUUCAAACAUCUUGAAGAACAAUGCAUCGCUGAAUACAAUAUUAUAUGUAACAAAAACAAAUUACAUCAAAACCACACAAACAUAUUAAAAAAACAUAUAAAUGGAGAAAUACCUAGCAAGUAUCUAUCAGCAAUACUAAACAAAAGAUCAAAAGAUGCAAAAAUUGAAUCAAUCCAAUGUGGUAACAUCAUUACAUCCGACCCCGACCAAAUUGAAAAUGUGUUUGUUGAAUUCUACACAAAUCUAUAUAGCUUACAAAUAUGUUGUCCAAUUACUCACCAGCUCAUGCUAAACACAUGGCCAAUUAUAAAAAAUGAAUAUUGGAAUGGUUUAGACUCACCAUUUAUACAAGAUGAAGUUGAAGCUGCAAUUAAAACCUGUAACCCCAACAAAUCACCCGGUCCAGAUGGCGUUACAAAUGCAUUCUACAUUAAUCAUUUAAACCAAGUUAAACCAAUUCUCACUACAUUAUUCAACGAUAUACUAGAAAAUCCUCACCACAUCACAACAGAAUUCACCGAAGGUCUUAUACACACAAUAUACAAGAAAGGCAACCCCUUACUCAUAUCAAAUCGUCGUCCCAUUACACUUCUUAACACUGAUUACAAGAUCCUCUCAAAAGUAAUCAAUGCACGUCUUCUGAGAAUACUUCCUUUCAUCAUCAACAACAACCAAACUGGUUUCGUACCCCACAGAUUCAUCAUAGACAACAUCAUCAACAUCAACGAAUUAAUAAACUACCUCAAAUCUAAAAACCUCCCUGGUAUCAUCACACUAUUUGACUUCUUUAAAGCAUUUGAUUCUAUCUCUCACAAUAGCAUUAAAAGAACAUUAAUUCAUAUUGGAAUACCAAUAAAAUUAAUAAAUUUAAUCCACAAGCUAUUAUCUGACUCACAAGCAAAAAUUUCAAUUAAUGGUAAAACGACCAGAAAAUUCGAUAUUAAAAGAGGUGUAAAACAAGGUGACCCAAUCUCAGCCACUUUAUUUGUAAUUGUAAUUGAAAUAUUAGCAAGAACAAUAAAUGCAGACAAUUCAAUAAUUGGAUUACCAGUUUCACCCAAUCCACAAAUUAAUAUCAAAUUUACCCAAUUUGCAGACGACUCUACAACAUACAACAUCAACUACGAACAACAACAACAAUCAAUCAAACAUUUCGAUAAUUUCUGCGCUUCAACAUCAUCAUCUUUAAAUUUUGACAAAAGUGCAAUAAUAGAAAUCAACCCCCACAAAAUCGCUGAUAAACACAUAAUAAACAACAUUCCACAAUCAAAAAGAAUUCCAAUAACCAAAAAAGAUCAAUCAGAAAGAGUUCUUGGCUAUUUCUUUAAUCAUAAUGGUUUACAUAGGAAAUUACCCGAAACAAUGAAAACACUGAUUAAAUCAUUAGUGCUAUGGAAAACUAGUGGUACAACAUUAAAAACAAAAACAACCAUCAUAAACACCUACUCACUAUCACCAAUAACAUAUUUAUCAUACCUUGAAGAAUUUACAAAAGAUGAAGAAAUUCAAAUUAAUAAAUUAAUCUCAUGGUUUAUGAAUUCUCCCGCAAAUUCUGAAUCACCAACUCUCAAUACCAAUUCCAUUGAAAACAACACAUCAACCAUCCAUUCACGUGCAAAAAUACCUUUGAUGUGUUAUGAUAGAUCAUUAAAACCAUUAAAAGAAGGUGGUUGGGAAUGGGAAAACUAUGCAACUCAAAUUGGACAUCUAAAAGAUAAAGUUCAAAUCCUACAACCAAUAUUAACAAAAAACCAACCCUCUCAAACAUUAAACACAAAUAAUAUUUCACUACCACCAACACUCAAAGAAAUCUACUCGACAAUACUAAACAAUCACCAAUGCAAAUCAAAAGACUAUAUUGGCAAGAAAUAUUCAGAUCUACUUCUUACUUCGCACCAACAAUCAAUACAACUAUUAUGGAAAUACACAUACGACCAACUUUUUGUCAAAAUUCAAAAAUUAAAAGAUCCAAAAGGCCGAGAUACAAUGCAAAGAUUCCAUGCUAGAUGUCUUCCGAUUAAUCAUCUACACAACAAAGUUUGCCCCAUUUGCAACAAUGAAAUGAAUAAUGAUCCCUAUGGUCAUUUGUUCAACUGGAAUUAUAUAAACACAAAUCUUGAUCUAGUCAGAACACAUGCAUAUUGGAACAUAAUCUCAUUAGUUAUUCACCAAAUAUGGAUAUGGUUAUGCAAAUCAUUAUUUGAUAUCAAUAUAACUCAAUCAAUUGACAAUUGGAACAACCAAAUAAACAACACAACACUAGAUUAUGAUAUAUUAAAAUCAAAAUGGCACAAGCUAAUAAGAUUGGAAUAUUCAAGAACAUUAUCAAACUUUAACCAAUACUCAAUUAAAAACAACCUCACAAAAACUCAAAAAGAAACCCAAUGGUCCGAAACCAUCAAAAAAUUUAAAAAAGAAUGGAGCAUAAACACAAAUGAACCAAUUCCAACAAUUACACCACCAAUUAAUUAUUAA